AGGUAGCAUGAUGUUGUGGGGCACACUCCUUCUCCUCCUCCUCCCCAACCUCAUUCAGGGUCAAGCUGAGAGGCCCACAUACAGUUCCUGUACAAUUCCUAACGACUACGAAAAACAGCUAAACAUAAUCCCUAUUCCACGUGGCAACAAAGUAGAACACGGUCACACCAUUACAGUUCUCUGCCGUACCUCCGGAUACACAUUCAUGAAUCACAUGUACAGUGUAUGCUAUAAUCUUUUGAUCUGUGAUGAACUGUUGUUAUGUCUAAUGGGACGAUAUGAUAAACGUUCUUUAUUUUUAUGUGGCUGAUAAACAACCACCCAAUCGUCCAACUUGGCGAGUUUUUUUGUAUCUAAGUCUCAAUAGCUAAAUUUAUUUUCUCAAUGUUUGAUCAACAUACCCAUUUGCGUUUUACACUAUGAACUACUGCAGAUAAACGGAGUGUCAGUAUCGGAUAUUUUCUUCUCCUCUUACAUUCUGAUAACUUGCCGGAACGGAGCUAUGCAGCCCAACAUCUUCCUCCAGACACUCUGGUGCAACAGUAAGAGUGCUGAGUGCUGAGUGCUGAGUGCUGAGUGCUGAGUGCUGAGUGCUGAGUGCUGAGUUCUGAGUGCUGAGUGCUGAGUGCUGAGUGCUGAGUGCUGAGUGUUGGGUUCUGAGUGCGGAGUGCGGAGUGCUGAGUGCUGAGUGCUGAGUGCUGAGUGCUGAGUGCUGAGUGCUGAGUGCUGAGUGCUGAGUGCUGAGUGCUGAGCGCUGAGUGCUGAGUGCUGAGUGCUGAGUGCUGAGUGCUGAGUGCUGAGUGCUGAGUGCUGAGUGCUGAGUGCUGAGUGCUGAGUGCUGAGUGCUGAGUGCUGAGUGCUGAGUGCUGAGUGCUGAGUGCUGAGUAAUCAAAUAUUAACUAAUUACAUAGAAUGUUCAUCAGUCAGAUAAUUUUGAAAAUUAGCUCAGUCUCUGAUUUCUGAAUCAGUGGAAUCUUCCAUAAGUACAAUGUAUGAGGUCCCAUUAAGAUUUUCACUUAAAUUUUAAUCAGGGGUGUGGCUGAUUUCUUGAGAUGAUUGAUUUCAGAGGGGUGCUCUAAGUUUCCUGAGAAUUACUACAAAGUAACUUACGGAUACACCACGCAGUCUCGUAAAAAGAAUCCUCUCCGACAAUAUGGUAAACUACAUGCACCAGUAUCAGCAAAUCCACUGUAUGUGAUAAGUGUUUCGUGUCAGAACGGUUACAUGACUGUUGUUGGAGAUAACGGCUCCAAAGAAGUUAGGUGCACUGAAACUGGCUACAACACACAGGCUAUCAUUUGUUCUGCUGGUUGUGAUAUUCCGUUCAACUUGGAGUUUAACUUGCUGAACAGAUCAGCUCUUUUAGCUCCCAAUAAAGCUGGAAGUGGAAAAGCACCGUAUCCUACUGGAACACAUCUGACAGUGGACUGCAACAAGAGGGUCGAGGGGAACACUGUGGUAACUAUGGUGUGUGAGGCAGGUAAGGGUUGGACUGGGGUUGAGGAGUUGAAGGAGCAACAAGACGGACAGUGCUCAGCUGAUUAUGUGGCGCCUGUUGAGGAUUCGAACACCAAUUCAACACAAACUGAUGAAAAAGACAAAAAGACUGAUUUAUUAGACUUGAAGGAUAAAAAUGGUUCAGAACGAUCUGAUUUAUUGUCCCAUCUUCUGGCAGUAUCUUUUUUCUAUGUGAUCAUGUUACCAUGAAAUCUUAUAUUCUUAUGAUUUUGUAAACGCUUUUUAGAUAUCAAAAGUUAUAAGUUUUACUUACAGUUGUGUCGAUAAACACCCAGCAUUGUGAUGUCUGGUUGGAGUUAUGAUAUCAUUAAAUAUAUCCAGGUUAACAAACCAAACGUCUGAAGAUUCUUUAAGAAUUAAAAGUUCCAAUUUCUCAUAGGAUGAAGCUGAAAGAAUGGUUUAUUAUCACAAUCUUCUCACUUAGAAGUAAGCGUUUAAUUUUGCAUUCUUAUUUU